GUUUGCUAAACAGAUUGUUUUACAGCAAAUUGAAUUGGGAUUGGAAAUGGGAUUAACUAAUGAAAAUAUGAAAUAUGUAGUUCUGAUAUUGUAAUAGUGAAAUGAUAUGUGCAUAAUGAAUGUGUUGUAAUUAAUAAAUGAAAGAUUUAUAUACAAUAAGAUUGUAUAUUUUUAUCUCUCCCCAGGCUAUCAGUAUCACCAAACCCGUCCUGGGCCCCUGUACAUCCCAGAGGACAGAUGUCUUGUUCAUUAUAUGGGAGACCACUUGGGUAAGCCCCCAUUUAUACUAGAGUUUUACAUGGGGAAAAAGAAUUAUAUAUGUAUUAGUUCAGUUACUCCGAAAUUUGUUCCCAUGGUGUUUUGGCUUAGAAUAAUUUCAUUCACCCAAAUGAUUUGUGAAAGUAAUUUGGACAAAUCAAAAUGGCACAAAAAUGGGCCAAUCAACAUACUGCAAAAUCUAAAUAUUAUGUAUAUAUUUUACAGCACACUAAAUGGAGCAUUUUCCGACAUUUGGUUUACAGAUCAAGUGAGAAUAAAUAAUAGGGAGAAAACGUAAAAUAAAAUUACAUUUUUUUAUAAUGUAUAUAUUUAUUAAAUAUAUAAAAAUGUGUUUUUUUUUCUUUUUUUAUUGAUUCUCCUUUUUGGUCACUUCUCACUCGACCCAUAAAACAAAUCCGCAUUUAGUGGCUGUCCCAUCGAUAAUCUUUUUAUGGUACCGCGGACGGAAUUCAGAGUCAAACAAAAUAGUCCACUGCCUGAUUUGUUUGCCGAUUCAUUCAUACGCCAUUUCGGCUUUUCGAAUUUCAGCUGAGGCACAGUGUGUCCAGAAUUCAGACAAAUUGUAAUUAUGGAGAAACCGGAUACACAAAUCUAACAUACAACAAUAUGUUUAAUCUACAAUUAAACACAUUCCAGACUGCAACCGUCUAAAUCCUGUGUAGAGUUCUGUGCUUGUGAUGUACUGCCCCCUAGUGGUUACACUAUAGAACCAACAUUAAAACAACCAAGAGCUAAGAGUGAGGGAAUGAGCGGAUUCUUUGGGUGAAUGGGCAGAUUAUCUGGGUUUUGGGGUUAAUGUGCAGGUUCUCACAGUGAACUGGAAGAUUUUCAGAGUUUUCAUGUUAGCGCUUGCACAAAUCAAUAUGUGAGAUCCUUGGAUGCUAGAAUUAGCCAACUUACACAUCUUAUUAUAAAUAAUGCAUUAGUGUUGGCAGCCAGAUGGCAGCUAGGAGCGAGCGCUGGCAGAUUGUGCUGUUUGCUCUCUAAAUAAAACAACAUAGAAGCGGCGGCGCACGGUGGACUAAUAGCUGGAAAUGUAUAGAAAGAUCACCCAUUUCUUAUUGUUAGAAUUGUCUUCUUGUUUCCGUCUGUUUGCCUUGCCUUGUUGAAUCCACGUUGUUAGUUAACCUGUUGUAGAGCGCCGCUGAACGUGUUGGCGCUUUAUACAUAGUUUUAAUUUAAAUGAUUAUACCUUUCGGAAGAGCAUUUUGGCAAAUUAAGAUGUGCCCUUACUUUUACUAGUAUAUUCCUUCUAAGCAGUUAAAAGGUUACUCCAAGUACAAUGACACCAUCUGUGAUUUGAAGUGGUCGUGGUGCCUAGACUUUUGCUGCACAUAGGGAGAUUAACCCCUGCACCUGUUACGGGGGGGGGGGGUCAUCAACCACCCAGAACUCGAGUUCCUGGCUGGCUAAUUCUCUGCAUAUUCCUUUGUACAGAAUUGCAAUCAUUGGGUGAGAGUUGUCAGCUGACUCUCUCAGCCAAUAAAUGGUGAGCAGGAUUAGCAUCCGUCGGCAGAACCCAGCACGUCACAGUCACCCUAAAAGUAGACCUGUUGUUCAGCAGGACCAGGUAAGAGGGAAAACCAUUGCAAAGCAGUUUACCCCAUUACCAGGAAACAGGGCCAGGGUACACCUCACAUUAUAACCACUACAGCGGGCUAUAGUGGUUAUACUGUUUGCAGUAACCCUUUAAUUUUAUAGUUACUACAUAAAAGUUAUACAUGAUGGUUUUUUUUUCCUAAAUGUCAUUACAAAAUUUGCAGUAAUUUGUUUGAUUUCCAUGUAAGUAGAGUGGUGUAAAAACUUUUAAUAACUGCUUUAUCAUUUCAGAAAAAGACUGUCCUCUUCUUACUGUCGGUGGGGCAGAACUCGGUGGUGUUUUUGAGACGGCACCACAGAAGGACAUAGAGCAAGGGACACAAGCAUUGGAGAACAGUGUGUUCAUCUGCUCUGAAUGUCCCAUAAAUGGACAUACUCAGUGUAAUCACAGAAAGCAGCCAUAUACCAAGAAACUGCACAAAUGCUUUGAAUGUAAGAAGGCUUUUGGCAGCUGGUCCCAUCUGGUGGCUCAUAAGAAAAACCACGAGAGAGAAAAAAAUAAAAAACAAACUCCAAGUGAAGUUAUCAACGAUCAGCCGCUUGUAACUACCCAGAAACCACAUUACCCCAUAGGAAGGGUUUACCAGUGCAAUGACUGUGAAAAAACCUUUAGUAACCACUCUGUCCUGGCAUUGCACCAGCGGACACACACUGGAGAAAGGCUCUUCAAAUGCUUUGAGUGUGGCAAAAGUUUCAUGAAACGAUCACAGCUGAUUGUGCACAAGAAAUGUCACAUAGAAGAAAGACCAUUCAACUGCACAUUGUGUGAGAAGGGUUACAACCAGCAAUCCAAACUAAUUGAGCACCAAAGAACUCACACAGGAGAGAAGCCAUUUAAAUGCACCGAGUGCUCAAAAAGCUUUUCCAAGAGAUCUCACCUGACUGAGCAUCUCAGGAUCCACACUGGAGAAAAACCACACAAGUGCAAUCAGUGCGAUAAGACCUUUCACUAUCCAUCCAACCUGGUAGAGCAUCAAAGAACCCACACAGGUGACAGACCUUACCAGUGUACCGAAUGUGAUAAGAGCUUUAUCAAGAUGUCCAAGCUGAUUGUCCACCUGAGGAUCCACACAGGGGAGAAACCCUAUAAAUGUUCCCUGUGCAAUAAGAGCUUCAGCCAGCAGUCCAAUUUGGUGGUCCAUCAAAGGACACACACUGGGGAAAGGCCAUUUAAAUGCAAUGACUGUGAGAAGAGCUUUAGUUACCAUUAUGCCCUGGUUGUUCACCAACGGACUCAUACUGGAGAAAAACCAUACAAGUGCUCUCUGUGCGACAAGGCUUUCAGUCAACAAUCUAACCUUAAACUGCAUCAGAAAACGCACGAUGGGAAAACACAACAUGAGAAUACUAUCCAGUAUGAAGCAAACCAUUUUGACUCGCUGAGUGAAAGCCCAUUGAUAGACACUCCCAAAUGCAAAACUUUGCCAGAGUUGUCACAAGCAGUUGACUUGAUGGAGACCACGAAUGCCGUUGAUGACUGUGAGAAGACCUACAUCCCUUGGUCUCCAUUGAGUGAGUAUCUCGGUGCUCUCCUGCCUGCAGAUAAGCAGCAUAAAUGUCCUGAAUGCGAUAAAUGCUUCCUUGAGAAGUCCAAGCUUGUUGUCCACCAGAGGACUCACACAGGAGAGAGACCCUUCAAAUGCUCCCUGUGUGAAAAGACCUUUAUACAGUGGUCCCACCUAACAGAGCACAGAAAGACACACACUGGAGAUAGACCAUACAUAUGUGGGGAGUGUGGGAAAAGUUUUAUUAAAAUGUCCAAACUCACAGUCCAUCGGAGGACGCACACUGGAGAAAGACCGUACAAAUGUGCAGAGUGCGGGAAGCAAUUCAGUCAGCAAUCCAACCUAGUGGUUCAUCAGAGAAUCCACACUGGGGAAAGGCCAUUCAAAUGCACAGUGUGUGAUAAGACUUUUCGUUAUCAGUCUGCUCUCAUUAAACACCGCAGGAAUCACACCUGCCAAAGAGAUUUCACCAGCGUAUUCUAAUAAAAAGAUCUAACAACACUGGUUAAAUUCUAGCAGACCGUUAAACCACAGCUGCUAGCAGUCUAGCACUGAGAGACUAUUUUAUUAUAAUAAUUGUAAUUUCACUGUUUGUAUUUAACUUAACAUCCUUUGUAGAAAAAUAAAUAAUAGUGAUGGGGACUGUGUAACUGGUAGAACUAUAUAGCUGUGAUGGGAUCUCCGAAGUUCCAGUCCUGUAAUAUCUAGACCGAGGUGCAUACUGAACAGGGAGUCCAACACCUGGAAAAAUGGAGACUGUCAGAAUGUGACUCGAAUAAACUUCUAAAAACAUUAAAACACUAUCAAGAUGCUAAGUUGCAUUUAUUGUAGAAAACACAAUAUUAACCACAUCCCAAGUCUCAAAACAGACACACCACAUGAACAAACACAGUAGAAUUACCUUAUAAAUCGCACAGCCGAUCCUUAGGAAUUCCUCAGUCCUCUCAAACCGGUACGCAGAAAAUAGAGAAUGCUAGGACAUAUGCAUAAACAAGAUCUAAAACAAACAGAUGACGUAAUAUUGCUGGGAGAUGGACUCCGGCACGAUACCCAGCAGAUCACAGCAGUCAUGCAGGUGUUUGAACAUCAUACAAAAUACAUAAUAGGCUAACAAACAGUAGCACAUUUCAUAACACUUCAGCCUCUUGUUGGGACCAUCAG